AUGGCUGACCGGAUCAAGUUCGCGGAGCCAAUCUCAAAGAAAACACAGUAUGGGCCGAAUCGCGGCAGGGGGAAUGGGGAAAAGGGGUCAGCACAGAGAUCUCUUUCACCGGGGAGUGAAAUCGUAUACCCGACAGGAUGGAGGCUCGUUCUUACUACUAUUGGGCUCUUGAUUGGCUUCUUUCUUUCCAACUUGGACGUUACCAUCGUUAGCUCCUCUCUUACCAACAUCACCGAUAGCUUGAAUGGAUUCGAGAAGCGGAGUUGGAUUGUUACGGGGUACUUGGCCACCUAUACAGGGUCCAUGGCGAUAUGGACUAAACUCAGUGAUAUAGUUGGGAGGAAGCAAACGACUAUUGCUUCGCUUUUCAUCCUGCUUGCAUUCUCUAUUGGAUGUGGAUGCGCUCAGACAGUCAACCAACUCAUUAUAUGCCGAGCACUCCAGGGGAUAGGGGGCGCUGGCGCCUAUGCCCUAGCCAUUCUUUGCAUCUAUGAGAUCGCCCCGAAGGAGAAACUUCCCACAUACAGUGGCAUCAUGUCAUUCUGCUUAGCGGUUGCAGCUUUAGCCGGGCCAAUUAUCGGAGGUGUGCUUGCACAACACGCGGCCUGGAGAUGGGUUUUCUUUAUCAAUGCUCCCCUAUGCGCAGUUGCCAUCAUUAUAAUUAUGGUUGCGAUGCCGAAACACUUCGGCCUUGACCAACACACUCCUUCUUUCAGAACAAGGGCAUCAUAUCGCUCAUUUGCCAAUCUAGACUUUGUGGGCUCAUUUCUGAUGAUCGCGGGUUCAUUCUUGAUCGUUACAGUUUUGAACGAAGCAAAUCUUGCUUUUUCCUGGGACUCCAGAGGCUCGAUAGCUCUUCUCGUCCUGACGGGCGUUUCUUGGAUCGCCUUCUUUGUCUGGGAGUGGUACCUGUCGGGCAUACCUGGCGCAGACCCCAUCUUUCCAAAACGAUGGCUCUGUGAUCGUCCAUGGAUGGGUAUCCUGAUCUCCUCUUUUGUUACAGGUGCAGUUUGGAAUGUCGUCCUGGUGUAUGUCCCCCAACAAGCCCAGAUUCUUCUAGGACAGUCGCCUCUCGACUCCGGUGUGUAUCUCAUUGCAUAUUCUGCGGUCGCAGCCGUCGCGGCUGCGAUAAUCAACAUAGCCAGCUCGAAAGGGCGAAUUCCGUUCCUUUAUUCCCUACUUGUGGGAUGCAUAAUCCACACAGUCGGAGUUGGGCUUCUGUCCACCAUUACCCGGUCGGAAGGCUACCAUGCAACAGAUAUCGGGUAUGAGGUUAUUGCUGGUGCCGGGAUUGGUAUUACGCUGGGCAUUCUAUUGCUGUCAACACCUUAUAUCGUCGAGGACAGAGAUCUCGCAAUUGCCACUGGAACGGUCGUCCAACUACGAUUCCUCGGCGGUGCUAUCGGUCUCGCCAUCGCAUCCAAUAUCCUCAACAGCCGCCUGGCACAUCAUUUGAAAGGCGUCUUAACACACCACGAAAUACACCUAUUUCUCGAGAACUCGACGACUUUGAAAACCCUAUCUCCACAUCUUCAAGACGAUGUGAAGAGAGUAUUUGCCGAUAGUUACCGUAUCCAGCUGAUAGUCAUGAUCGGCUUUGCAGCCGCUCAGCUACCGGCUAUUCUGCUCUUGCUAAAACCCGGACGGCAACUUGCUGCAGACAAGGACAAGGUAUCCUCGGCUACAAGGUCGGGAUAA